CCUAUGUAAUGCAUUUGGUGGUGUUUCGACUUUUGAGUUUUCGGGUUGUUUUGAUCUCACACUUGUGCUAUUGCUGAUUGUUGUCGUUUUCCUUUGUUUCCAUAUAUGAGUGCAUUCAGUGUGCUUAACUUAUCGUCGGUCAACUUUUUCUAUUGUUCUUUCCUCUUACAGAUAUACUAGUAUAUCUGGGAGCUCCCACGUGCACUCAGCAUAUAAAAUAUCUUCAGUCCUGUCGCAAACUAUUACGUUGUGGAAUUCCAUCAGAGGAUCUCCUUCUGGGCCAAUUCUAGCUAUCUGACCGAGUUACACAUCAUACCUACCAUGAUGGAUAUUGAUGAAAUCGAGUUCAAGGACCCUCCAGAAUUCAUCAAAUAUGUUUGUGGCAGAUUGAAUAUGACUAAGGAAGAAUUUCAAGACGAGUUUCAUGAAGCAUGUGUUAAUGGACACUUUGAUUCUCCUGUCUUCUCAACUGUACGGAAGCUCUUCCGCUUUCACUGCUUUUGUACCAGCCGAUUCAGGACUAAAAACAAAAUGUUGUGCACAACUAAGCUUUUUGAGUAUCUUAUAUCAGGAACCUUAGGAUUUGAUACCCUGAGACGCAAACUGAAAGAAUACGAUUAUUCUGCAAGAUGCAGUCUUGUAUGGACAACUAAUUAUUUUGCUUAUCGUUGCAGAACAUGUGGGAUGUCUCCCAGUAUGUCUCUCUGCAGUUCUUGUUUCACUGCCGGUAAUCACGAAGGACAUGAUUUUAACAAGUUUAAAAGUCAUGCUGGUGGUGCGUGCGAUUGUGGUGAUGCAACUGUAAUGAAAGAAUCAGGAUUUUGCCGUUUUCACGGACCGGAUAAAGUACACAAUCGUCCAGUACCUCCUGAUGAUUUAGUUGCUCCUCUUAGAUGCUUACUUCCAAGUUUCUUAUCUGCUUUGUUAUACUGGCUGUGGGAACAUGGAAGGGAUAGUGAAGGAUUGAAUUUUAAUGAAGAUGAUACACCUGCUAUCUCAAUUCUUCAUGCAUUACACGCCAGUGGAUGGGUUACACAAAAAAUGAUAGCUGACGUUAUGAUUGACAAGGCAGUCUAUGAAAAGUUGAUAUUUGAAACUGAGAAUCGGAGAGCAUGUGGUGACUAUCAACUGAGUGUAUCCAGUAAUCCUGAAUUCGAAUUUCCUCCUAUUAUAAGCAAUCAAAAUUUAGUGCAUCAAACACUUUUGGAUGCUUUCAUUUUCUCAACUAUAAAACUACGCUUUCCAGAAAGCUUGGUCACAUUCUUAAUUGGAUUGUUAGCUGUUGAAGAAUUCAAGGAAGAAUUUAUUCAAUCCUAUCUUAAUCAUUACACACGAAUAGCUUCAACUGUUCUACUUUCAGCGCGUGCACGUAUUUCACCUGAAUGGUCUUUACAAAUGAAUAAUCGUAUUGUACAUAUAUCAGUACAAUUGUUCAGUGGUGAAGAAUUAGCUCUACGUGUAAUUAAACAAAGAAAUCUUCAUCAUCUCCUUGUACAUUGUUUACUAAAUAUGUUAACAUGUUGUCGUACUCGUUUAGACGAUCGAAGCAAUAUGGUGCUUAGUUGUGAUGGGAUAUUAAUUCAAAACAAUGUAUUUUGGCCAUUUGUUUCAGAUCUCAGUAAUUUAGUUUCUCAUAAAUCAAUAGUUGAUAUUCUUGUUGAAGACGCAGAUUUUUUAAAUGCAUGGACUAAAUUAAUACGAUAUAUGCAAUUUAUGAAUUGCUUCACAAUGAAAGAGGGAAAUCAUAUUGAAUAUGAAACAAUGACAUUUUAUCAUGCAUUUACAAUGGAAGUUGAAAUUAGUUCAGCUACAAUGUGGAAUUUUUGGAGACAUUGUCGACUUCCAUCUGAACGCACACAUUGCUUAUUAUAUACUAAAGCUUGUUUAUCAACAUUAGCUGAUUUAUUGAAUGGACUUGGUCGAUUAAUUAGCCCAACUGUACCAGAAACUCGGCCAACACGUUCUGCUCUUAGUCUUCAUCUACCAUUGAUGCGUCAUGUUUCUUGUUUUAUUCAUUUAUCCACUAUGCAACAUGGUGUCAAUGUAAGACAAUUAUUAGUUGAUUAUCUUUUACCGAAACCUCGUCUAUUACGACGUUUUAUGGAGCACUUAGUUAAUAUUUUGUUAGGUUGUCAUGAAGUGCUUAUUGGUUAUUGGAUACGUAAUGGUCAAAGUGUUAGACAAUCAGUCUCACAUUAUAUGCAAAGUCAAUUUUGUUAUUCAUUUAUUGAUUUGGAUAUAUUCGCAUUACAAGUAUGUACCGCUUUGUUACCGCCUGCAUAUUUUUUGAAUGCUUUAGUCGAUCAAACAAAACUGUUAAGAGGAAUUUGUUUUCAUAAUGAAUUGUUAAGCUUGGUUUCAGAACCGGAAGUGAAAAAUCUUGACCGUAAACCAAUGGCUUUACAAGCUUGGCUAAUCAAUUUAUGUUGGAUAUUGGAUCUGCGUAAUAAUCUAGGACUAACCGAAGAAGAAUUAUUACAGAAAGAGCUUGUUUCUGUGUUAGCUCCAGAGCCUCGAAAACGUAGUGAUUUGUCUAUUCUAAUUCCUGAACGUUGUGGUAUAAUUAAUCCAUCGAAUAAUUUAGAUUCAGUAUUAAAAAUGGUGGCUACUUAUUCUGCACCGUCAUGUGAUGAAACUUCCGGUAGUCUUAUCAGUGGUCAUUAUUACCUUCGUCCUAGUUUAUGGCAUACUGAUUUCGAUCCGAUUUUUCACUUACUUCGUGUAACUAGUCGAAGAGAAUCAAGUCUAGCUAUGGAAAAAUAUCGGGAACAUUGUCGCCAACGCCAUGGUGUUACAAAUAUGUCUUCAUUGUGGCCACCAUUUCGUAAACCGAAGCAAUUGCCACCAGAUUUCCAUGGUCUGGAUCAUGUACUACAUAGUCGUCAUUUACAUUAUAUCAUUUUUAUACAACUCAGUUUAUUUGUCUAUGGUGAUCCACUUGUGACAGAAGAAAGCUUAGCUAUGAUUAUUCAUUUAAUCAAUCGAGCAUUAGACACCCCGUGUCGUUCGCCAGGAAAUAAUAGAAAAACAUGUGCUAAGAUAUUUAUGGAAAAUCAAGCAUCCAAGAGUAGUGAAUCAAAUUUACCUACAUUAUCAUUGAAUAAUGUUAAUAAUUAUGCUACUAAUAUCAAGCUUUUAACUGAACAAAAGCAAACAGAAGAAAUAAACAAAAUGCAGCAACAACAAUCAUUAAAGCAAAAAGAAGAUUUAAUUACAGAAAAAUGUCAAAAUGCUCUCAUGGAUGACUUUAUUAUGGAUUGGGAAAAGGGCAGAUUUGAAGAAGUUUUGGAAGAUACUGACUCAGAUAGAUUAGAUCAAAUUGAUUAUGAUGAUGAUGAUGAUGACGAUGAAUAUGGCGAUGAUGUUGAUGAUGAUCAUAAUGAUGAAACUGUUGCAGGUGUUGGUAGUUCAGAUGAUCGUGAUUUAAAUGAAUUAACUAUUGAUUCACAACGUAUUAAUAAUAAACAACUACGCACUAAAACUCGUAAUUAUCGUACAUCGCAUAUAUGGCGUCGUCAACCAUGGAGUUCAUUAUGUCCUUUGCCAUCUACUCCAUCAUUUUCAUCAUCGUCUAAUACAACUACUGCUACUAAUCCUCCUACUAGUAAUAAUCGUCAGAAAAAUUUUUGGGAUACUAGUUUAAUUAAUUGUCCAUAUGAACCACGUACAAGUAUACAAGAUAAUUUAAGUCGUUGGCUUAUGAUAUCAAAGCAUAAUAUUCCACAAGUUUCUUGUGCUCAAGUUAUGCUUGCUAGUCUACCAUUGAAUCAAGGAUCAGAUUUAAAUUGCACAUUAAAUACAGUACCUGUUUUAGUAAAUAAUGAAGUACAAAAUGGUUCCAAAAAUAUUAUGCUGGAUAGUAUUAUUUCUUUACUUAUCAAAGCACAUGCUCGUCUUUACUGGAGUCGUAUUGUCGGUGGAGCUGACGCUAUCCCAAAAAUUUCUCUCGGUGGUUCACUGUUCACUGAUCCUAAUUUAACUGCGCAACAAUCUGGAAUGACAGACUCAUCAACGAUGGUAACAACAGCAAUGCCGGUUAUGAAUGUAGAUGGCAAUAAUCCUAUAACAUUAAGUCAAGACCAAGUUGAUGACAGUUGGGUGGAUUUUCUUAACGUUUUCCCAAAACACAAUACUGUUACUCCUGCUACUACUACUGCAAAUAAUAAUUGUCUAACUCCUCGUUGUAUGGCUGUUUUAAUGCCAAAUGAACCACAUGAAUGUUCAGAUUUGAAUAAUUCCAGUAAUCCUACUGUAUCACCAUCGUUUGCAUCUAAUAAUGUGAACCUUAACCCUUCAAUUAUUGCAAAUCUCCCUCCUGAAUUACGUUAUUUCGCUUCUACUAAACCAACUUAUUUCCUACCGGAAGAAAGGAAUGAAUCAACAUAUCUUCGAGAAUCAAUAAAUACUACAAAAAGUUACAAUUUCACCAGCUCAUUAACAAACAAUGAUGACAAUUCUCUAACAACAACAACAACAAAUGAUGUAUGUCAUUUCACCAACUUCGGUGAUGGUGCCUGUUGGAUAGAACGAUUAUUAGAUAAAAUUGCAUCUCUAUCAGAAAAUAAUAAAUCUGCAAUUAAAAUGUAUUUAGCUAGAGCUAGAUCACCAUAUAAACAAGUGGUGCACUUGCAUACACUCCAACCAAUGGAUGUUAUUUCAUCGUCAUCAUCAUCAAAUGUUGCGCAACAGUUUGAACAGAAGCAGCACUUCACUAUGUCAAAUAAUUCCAAGAAAAUGAGUAAUAGUAAGGAGGGGAUCGGUUUAAACAAUGAAACUGACGUAAUAUUCAAUAUUUCAUUUUCAUCGACAAAUGAUGGUAAUAAUUCUUCAAUGAAUCGAAAUUCGCCGAAUUCAUCUUGUCUUCCGACAUCAGCAGUUGGUACUCGUGAUGAACGGAAACGUGCUGCACAAGAACGACGAAAGCGUCUUAUAGAACAGAUGACAUCUAAGCAAAAAGCAUUCGCUUCUACCCAUUUAAAGGAUAUGGAAUCACUGAAUCAACAGACUGUGGAUCUUAAAGAACAGUUAGAUAAUAGUGAACCGUUGUAUGAAUGUGUUAUUUGUCAAAUAUCUGGUCGACCAUCAGUAGAUGACAUGGUUCUUUUAGACAUGAUGUGUGAAUCGAACCUUAUGCUUCAGCUUCGUGAAACUGCUGUGAUACCAACAUUAUCUGGACGAGAUCUUAGCCAGUCAUCAGGUUAUCCUCCAGUUCUUUCUGAAACUGAUGACUUAUCAUGGUUGUCACCAGAACGACCACCUGUUGCUAACUCACUGUCUCAAGAUUCUCAGUUGAGAAAUUCAACAAACUCUGAUAAUCCUUCUCCAGUUAGUGGUAGUAGUCAAGCUCCAGCAGGAAUUGUUGGUCUACCAAUUCAUCCAAUUAUAAGUAAUUCUUCUAUGGAAUCACAUACAAAACGUUCAUCAUCACCUGAACCUCAAACACUUUCUGGUAAUAAACAAUCAAAGCAUCACUUAUGCUAUACUGAAUCUCGUCAAUGGUGGAGUGAUGCGAUACCUUCUCUGAUAUCUAAAACAUUACCCCUUCUACGUUCUGGACUUUUACUACAAACUUGCGGUCAUGUUGUUCAUCGAGAAUGUUUUCAGCGUUAUCGUACACAUGGAGGUAAUCGUUCUACUACAACACGUCAUCGUUCUUGGAUUGUAUGCCCUUUGUGUAGAAGAGAUAUUCAUCAUCUUUUACCAUUAGUUCCAUUGCCUAAAUCUGAUACAUUUGGCAACAAACAACAAUUAUUCCCUUCUGUAGAAUAUGGUCAACAGAAUAUUGCAAUGCUUUUGAGUAAACUAAAUUCAUUAUCAGACACUGGUUCAACAUUUUGGAAUGAUUUAAAUGGUUCUGAGGAUGAGUUAAAUGUUCAGCGUCGAAUUCUGAUGUCUCAACUAAUUGGCAGUAAUUAUGAGGCUACCAUAUUAUUAAGAUGUCAACUAGAAUGUGAACUUAGUGUUCUGAUGAGUUAUCCAUCACAAUAUUCCAUGGUAUCUCGUCGGUGUUAUUGGCGUGAGUUUAUUUGUUAUCUCCGACAACUAUAUAAGAAGUCAUCUGAUAUUAAGAAUUUAAUACAAUGUCUCAUGAUUGAUGAAGUAAAGAGAUUGAAUGAUGACAAUUCGUUUCCAUUGUGUGCUUUACUUCAAGAUCCAGUUGAUAUUCUGCUUGGACUGCUACCUCAUAUAUGGCCUAAUGAAGGUAUUUUCCAUACUGUUUUGGCAUCGACAUUUUGUUUGGCUUAUAUACGUGCUCUUAUCAGUGUUACUUUCAAUCGUUCCACUUCAUCAACAUGUUUUAAUUUAGUUAAACAGAUCAAUCGAACACGAAAUUUAUUGGGUAAAAUUUCUGGUGUUCUCAGAAAGCACUUAGAGAUUUUACUUAAUUAUUUAAGUGAGUUAAACAUUUCAUUUACUCCUUCUACCUCUGAUCAUCAUCAUCUGCAUGAUCAACAAUGUCAUUCAACUGAAUCCUUAGAGGAUAAUUGUCAAUCAUCUAAUAAAAUAGAACAUAUUUUAAAAGUACUCUAUCUUGCAUCAAAAUUACCGGAUGAGAAUUUCUUUAAUCAAUUCUCUUCUUCCUCAUCAUCAUCGACAGCAACAUCUUCAUCAUCAUUACCAACAAUAACAGCAACAACACCACAUUCUUCUUCUCUUCCAAUAGAAUAUGAUCAAAAUCAAAUUGAAUUACAUAUUAUUCUUCGUAUACUACCAUUUCUACGUAUUGCUAGUUUAUGUUGGACACGUUGGCAUCCAGACAAUGUGGGUACUGUUAAACCAUUAGGUUUACCAUUUGUUGGAUUAUUAAUUAAAUCAACUCAGAAAACUAAUAGUCACGAUCAUCAAUUGUCAACAAAAGAAUUUAUAUCUAUUACACCUGAGCAACAAUUAAUUGAAUUUAGUGAUCUUUGUCGUAUAUUAUCAUUGGAUUGUGGAGAUAGUACAGUGAUAAAUGUAGCCCAGGUUGGUGAGUUAGCUGGUCGUUUAUGUGGAUUAUGCACGCCUAAUAAUAAUAAUGCUAUAGAAUAUCUUAUUGGUCGAUGGAUCGGUCAGAUUAAAAAAGUAUCAUCAGUUCACUUAACUGCUUCAUCACCAACAUUACUGUUACAAUCCUCAACAUCAGUAUCGUCAUCAUCUACUGUCUGUGAUAUGCCUUUACAAAUUAAUGAUAAUAAUAAUGAUAUCAACCAGUUAUCAAAUAUUGAUCAUAGAAAUAUAUUAACUGAAGUUGAGAAUAUCACAUCUGUUAGUCGAGGAACAUCGUAUUUUAUCUUGCAUGUAGCUGAAUAUCUACGGUCAUUAGUUGAAAUUGGUCGUCAGUUGUAUUCACCACGUCUUAUACGUACACCAUCAUCAUUUGAUGUAUUAUUCAAUGCAUUGCAUUUAGUCAAUUGUUCAUCAAAUCAACACAGGUUUCAAGAUAACAUUCUAUGUCUCAUUUGUGGACGCUUAUUAUGCAGUUUAUGCAGUAAUUUAGCUACCGUUGUUGUUGAACAUACCUAUAUGUGUGGUGGUUUUUCUGGCGUAGUCCUUGAAGUAAACACUUCCAUUGUUUACGUAUCACUUGGAUCAAAUAUUUGUGAUUGGGGUUCAGUUUAUUUAGAUGAAUAUGGAGAAGAAGAUUUAGAAUUAAAACGUGGGAAACCAUUAUUCUUAAAUGCUGAACGAUUUGCCCUCUUAGAAAAUCAAUGGAUCACUCAUUCAUUUCGUCAUGUAUUAAAAAAUUGGCGAUCUGUUUGAAAUAAAAUCAAAAGAAGAACAGAACACACCGACAUACAAACACAAAAAACUAUAUGUGAGUAUCAAUGUCACAAUUCACCUUCAUUAACAUAAUGUACUUAUUAUUGUACAUGUCAAGAUAUCUUCUGUUAAAACAGCUGUCGGAUACACAUGAAUAUCACAGUAAAUACUUGAAUUCAUUCUUCAAUGAUUUUCAUUUAAGUUCUUUAUUGAACAAUAAUCGACAGCAUAUAUAUAUGACUAUCAAAACAGAAUUAUACACACAAUCAGUCCUUCUUGAAUCAUGUUCUUAACACAUUAUGCUAGAAGCUUUCUACACAUAUUUCUGCUGUUUGUUAGCGUUUUAGUUUAUAUUGUGAGAUACGUAGCUGAAAACUACAACAAACUGGCAACUUAAUUAAAUGAUAUUUAUAAAUAUAGGUUAACGCGUCCCCCUCCUCACCCAUCAAUGCUUUGGAUAUACACAUACACAUGUUAUAUAUAUAUAUAUAUAUAUAUAUAUAUAUAUAUAUAUAUAUAUAUAUAUAUAUAUACUUAUGUCUAAUUAUUGUUGGUUUUCGAAUACUCACUGUCGAACAACAGAGAUUGUUUGGGUUUUUGUGAUAUAAAGCAAAAAAAUAAAAAGAAUUCGUCACAAAUAGUCUACCAUCGUUUCAUUUUUGUUGUUGUACUCGUAUUUAGUUUAGUUUUGACAGCGUUCAUUUCAUCAUUUACCUCAAUAUCUUCUUUGACAAGUAUCAUAUAAUCCGUAAAAUUACUAUUGAAAUGUGCAUUGAGCUUGAUACAAUUAACAUGGAAUCGAGUAUAUAUAUAUCGUUUGUUAUUGUUACUUAAGUGAUAUCAACGUCCUUUUUGUGAUUAAUUUUUUCCCUACAUUACUGUUUGUUUUGUUUCCUACUAAUUCAUUGUUCAUUGCAUUUCAUUGUUUCACACAAAUGACAUACAUAUACUUUCGAAUUGUGCAUGAAUAUAUAUAUAUAUAUAUAUAUAU